AGGGUUAGGGCGAGACCGAGGGGGUGGGCAGUGGAUCAUGAUGGAGGAGAGAGGGCUGGGGUGGCCUGUAGCAGCGACUAGGAGAUGGCUGGUGAUCCACCCUCUCCGCCACGAGUCGCGUUUCCAUCUUUCUUUCUUUCUUUCUUUCUGUCUGUCUGUCUGUCUGUCUGUCUGUCUGUAUCUACCCUAUGUACUCCGUACUCACCUGGGUCCUGUACGGAGACAGUACGGAGUACAGGGGACAGCAUCAUCCUGCCUGUCCCCGUCCCGUGUGGGACUGACACCACUUCCCCUCAGAGUCCUGGUCUUCAUUCCCAGGACAUGCCUUACUCGCCUAGGAAGGGAUCAGAGAUGCCCUCCGACGAGCCAAUGGGGAGGCCUCGGAGCCGUCCAUCAUGCCAUCGGGGACGGGUCCAAACCAAGCAGCAAUAUUUCCAGCUCAGUUCCCAGGCCCGAUGCGGAUCGCCUCGCCCGAUCACGGCGAUCCGCUUUUUCUCGUUUCCGACAGCCCUAGAUGGUCCUGACUACUGGCAGGCAAGCUGGACAGUCUAGCUGAAGGUGGCAAUUGGACGCCAAACUCACUAACUACAUCCUACAUAGUAACAGCUCGUCUUAUAGGAUCCGCCAUUAACAAGCCUGUCAAUCUUCCGACGCCGCAUCAGCAGCAGCAGCAGCAGCAGGAGGAGGAGGAAGCUAACCACCACCACAACAACCACCGCAUCGUCAUGAUGGCCGCGAGUGAUGUAUAAUUGACUUCAUUAAGGGACUACACCGCUCCCGGACGGCACUAGCCCGCCGCCGAUUGAUUGAUCUCUCGCCGUGAACCUUCCAGAACGACAUACGUGCUGCCUGCAUCUGCUGUACCCUGUUCGGGGGCCUGCCUUUGUUGUCUGACCGCUUGUUUUCUUUU